CGCAUUUUGAUUGGACGGAGCAGCGAAGGGCGUUACUCUGACACUGGGAAAGGACAAAACCACCGGCGUGCAGCAAGGGAAGGCGCCAUUUUAUAACACUGAGGAACCUUUUCCCCAGAAAAAUGUACCCGACCACGCUGACGCAGUUGGCCCGGGCCAACCCGUUCAGUGCCCCGUUGUUCACCUUGCAGCAGACCGAAGAGCCGAAAGGCAGGACCGCAGCUAGUGAACCCAGCAAUCGCAGGUUGGCCGCCGCUGCAGUUGAGGAGGGUGACAGCUGUGAGUUCGGCUCUCAGAAGUACUUUAUUCUUUGCGGGUUUGGCGGGAUUUUGAGCUGCGGUACCACACACACGGCCGUCGUGCCCCUGGAUCUGGUGAAAUGCAGAAUUCAGGUGGACGCAGCCAAGUACAAGAGCAUUUUCAAGGGCUUCUCGAUCACGGUGAAGGAGGACGGGGUGCGGGGCCUGGCUAAGGGGUGGGCCCCCACCUUCUUCGGCUACUCCAUGCAAGGCCUCUGCAAGUUCGGCUUCUACGAGGUCUUCAAGAUCAUGUACAGCGACAUGCUGGGGGAGGAGAACACCUACCUGUGGCGUACGUCUCUGUACCUGGCUGCGUCGGCGAGCGCGGAGUUCUUCGCGGACAUCGCCCUGGCCCCCAUGGAGGCGUGCAAAGUGCGCAUCCAGACGCAGCCCGGCUACGCCAACACCCUGCGCCAGUGCGCCCCCAAGAUGUACGCCGAGGAGGGGCUGUGGGCCUUCUACAAAGGCGUGGUGCCGCUGUGGAUGAGGCAGAUCCCGUACACCAUGAUGAAGUUCGCCUGCUUCGAGCGCACGGUGGAGCUGCUGUACAAGCACGUGGUGCCCAAGCCGCGCAGCGAGUGCUCCAAGGGAGAGCAGCUGGUCGUCACCUUCGUGGCCGGGUACAUCGCUGGAGUGUUCUGUGCCAUCGUGUCCCACCCUGCUGACUCGGUGGUCUCUGUGCUGAACAAGGAGAAGGGCAGCACCGCCGCCCAGGUGCUCAAGAAGCUCGGACCCAUGGGUGUGUGGAAGGGCCUGGUCGCCCGUAUCAUCAUGAUCGGCACCCUGACGGCCCUGCAGUGGUUCAUCUACGACUCGGUGAAGGUGUACUUCCGCCUGCCCCGCCCCCCUCCCCCGGAGAUGCCCGAGUCCCUGAAGAAGAAGCUGGGCCUGACUGAGUGAGCGUGGCGGGGGGGCGGAGCAUCGCUGGGGGGGCGGAGCCCCACGAAGGGGCGGGGCUGUUCCAGAGGCUCGUCUGCGACGCACUCCUCCCUUUUCUGUAUUUAUCUACCCACCGCAGUCCACUGCUCUGUGCUGCUGUUCAUUUGUGUUGGAGAGAGUCUGGCAGAUGGGUUUUUUCGCCCUCCAGUGGCGGGGAAGAGGAAUGACACCCGGGACACUGUUUUGGUUUGAUCAACUCCUGUCUUUUAGUUUUAUGUGGAAAUUAUAAUAAUUAAAAAAACAAAACCUUGGAAAGAAA